AUGGAAAUUUCUGAAAGAGCUACUCCCCUCGCUGACGAUACCUUAUCCAAGGAAUUGACCAAUCUUGUUACUUCCUGCUCUACUUAAAAGCAAGUUAAGAAGGGUGCUAACGAAGCCACCAAAGCUUUGAACAGAGGUUUGGCUGAAAUUAUUAUUAUUGCUGCCGAUACCACUCCUCUUGAAAUCGUUCUCCACUUACCUUUAUUGUGUGAAGAUAAAAACGUCCCCUAUGUCUUCGUUUCCUCAAAGAAGGACUUAGGCAGAGCUUGCGGUACUUCCAGAAAUGUCGUCGCUGUUGCCAUCGUUAAAAACGAUCGUUCCAACCAAACUGAAAAAAUUAAAAAUAUUAAGGAUAAAUGUGAACGUCUCUUCAUCAACGCUUGA